AUGGAAUCUUCGCAGUCUGCAGACGAUGAGAGAUAUUCAAUCGAUCCGUCAGAGCCGCUCAAGGAUGUCAUCGUGUGUUGCACAAGCAUUCCGCCAGAACAAAGAACAGACAUUGCCCAAAAGGUCUCUGAGCUUGGUGGCAUUCACAAAUACGAUCUCACCCCGGACGUGACCCAUCUCAUCGUCGGCGACUAUGACACGCCAAAGUACCGCCAUGUUGCUCGCGAGCGACCCGACAUUAAAGCCAUGGAUGCCAUGUGGAUAGAGGCCGUGACAGAACUAUGGAAAAGAGACGAGGAGAUCGACUUCAUAGCGCUGGAAAGGGAACACCGGCUGAAAGCGCUGGAGAAAUGCGGCACAGACACGGCCUCGCCGCACGGGGGAGCGGCGGCUGGUCGCCAAUCACUGCUGAUAUGCUUGACGGGUUUCGGAGACCAGCGCGACGAAAUUGCCGCCAAGAUCACGGCCAAUGGCGGACAAUAUACCGCCGACUUGACCAGAAGAUGUACUCAUCUUGUGGUCAGCAAGCCCGAAGGCAAGAAGUUCACCGCAGCCAAGUCUUGGGGGGUCUACACGGUCACCCUCGGUUGGUUGGACCAAAGCAUACAGCGUGGACUCAUUCUGGAGGAGGCCAAGUUCGAUCCGUUGCUCCCAGUCGAGGAGCAAGGCGUCGGUGCUUGGAAGAAGGAGGACCCGAGGCGCGCAUCACUUGGCAAAAGAUCUAGGUCGGCUUCAUCAAACACGAAUGGUACCGCCGACAGAGGGGCGAGGAAGCUGCGCAAAACCGCCAGCAUGAAACUCAACUCACAAAGGAACAAUCUCUGGGGCGACAUCCUAGGCCGCUCCGGCUCAAGAGAGUACUCGUUUGGUAACGAGCAAGCCGAUUCGGACCAACAGCCACGCCAGCAAGCAACUCCCGAACCUACUAUUCAACAGCCUCACCAGCACCACCAGCUCCCAUCCCAGCAGAACAAUGGUGUGUUUGCAAACUGUGUAUUCGCCAUCGACGGAUUCAGCGAGAAGCGGCAAACUGUACUCGAAGAUACCAUCGCCACGCUUGGGGGUUCCGUGGCUUCGUCACUUCGAGAGGCGGCAGCCCAUCGCCCGACGGAGCACUCACACCGUUUUCUUGUCGUGCCUCAAACAUCACAGCCCGAGUCGCAUCCCAACGUACCCUAUGACAAUAUAGAGAUUGUUACCGAGUUCUACAUUGAAAGAUGCUUGCAUAACAAGCAAUUCUUCUCUCCAGGCGAACACGUACUGGGCCGGCCGUUCCCCCUAUUCCCGAUACCUUCGUUCUCGGGCCUAGUCGUAUGCAGCGCAGCUUUUACAGGAUUGGAACUAAACCAAGUUGCGCGAAGUAUUACUCAACUAGGGGCCAAGUUCGAAGAGGAGUUUAGGCGGACAACCAACGUCUUGGUUUGCAGGUCAUUGAAGGCAAUGCGCAAAGAGAAGCUGAAGUUUGCGCUAGAGUGGGGGGUACCCGUUGUGUCUGUAGAUUGGUUAUGGGAAUGCAUCUCGACUGGGUUCAAGGUGCCUCCGAGCCUCUAUAUCUUUUCAGAGAUUCGAGACCGAUAUUCGGCUCAGACGGCUCCGGCUCCAACAGAAAUCAAACGUCAGUCACAGCCUCCAAAGCCAAAGGGCAACGACACUACACAAUCACCCCCUGCCGCCAGGACUGUCACCACCAGGCCAACUUCAUCCAGACCAAAGAUCAUGGGUGGGUUCGAUGCCAGUGCCUUUGAGCAAGACUCGGAUGAAAAGCAGAGCACUGCCUGCCAAAUCUCAGCCCCUGUCAGGGGUAUACCUCGACUCGAGUCCAUAACUUCAGCAGACUUCUUCACCGCACGAAGCCAAACGGUCGACACGUCCGCCAAGGACCACGAUGCACCAUUAGCUGAAGUAUCCUGUGCGAGACUCAACAAGUCUCCAUCACCAACAAAGCACACUGUCCCUCUACCUCGAACGAAAUCGGACCCAUGGCCGAGUGGCCUCGCCGAGAAACCAAACAUAUCGGCCCGCAGGCCAUCUGCUCCGCCCCCAGACGACCCUUUAUAUCGACGAGAUGGUCACGAAACUACCGCACAUCAAGAUCAGGAACGAGCAUCAAAACAGCAAGCUAGAGCCGCCGAGCGACAGGCACUCUCAACCAAACUAUCCAGCCUCAUCGACUCAGCGGCCGUCCCAUCCCCCGUCGAUGGCAACUGCCAUGCCCAAGGUCCUCCUCGCCCUCGCCGUCGUCAGCUCCUCGGCCGCGCCAUCAGCAAUGCCUCCAACGGAAGCAGCGCAGCGAGCAUAGACGGCAGCGGACCGCCCCCUCGCCAACUAACAGAUAGUCUGAAGGCCGCCGUCGCCGCCGUCACCGACGACGACGACGACAUGGACAAACAAGACACCCAGCCCCCCUCUACACAAUUGCAGUAUGCGGAUCCAGAAGCACAGCAGGUCAAGGCCGCAUUGAUGAAUAAGAUGAUGGGCAGGGAUGAACCAACCCUCUCUACCGGGCGGGCUAGUGUAGCCGUAGGAGAAAGAUCUCUACGGAAGCGAUGA